UGUGUUUUGUUUUUUGCGGCAAUCAACAAUCAACAAUUUAUUCAUGAAAAUGGAAAUAAUGAGCAAAAGAGGAUGCCGUUUGUCGUUUUCUGCGUCCAACUCUGACGACGGACCCUUCUUUGAGAGACUGAGAAUUCGCAACGUUCGUGUGCUGAUCAUUCGUGUCUGCAAAAAUCCCUGAGAGAGGAACAAACACCGCGGUUGUCGUUUCUGCUCUGCUUCAAGUGUGUUUGUUUAGAGCAGAGUUGAUUUUACAGAACAUGGACAUGGGCAUUUUCUCGUCUUCCACUUUGCCGGAGUCAAAUGAAGCUGAUUCUGCGGCCAUUGAAGAAAAACCGGACAACGGCCAAAAAAGUUUGUUCGACAAGUAUUUCAAAGCCAUCUUGUCUGACACGUCUGAAAAGUCAUCAUCGAAAGGAAAAAGUAGACCCAGAAAAGGAAGAUGAAAAGUAUCUCAUUCAUCUGUCCGAUUUUCCAUGGGAUAAGGAUGACCCUUGUCGCGCCGAAGCUGCCAAAGAUCUUGCCAAGACUGAUCAGUCCGGCCGUCAUCGGUCUUACUUCCUUCGGAAGAUUUUCGUCAUCGACGAACUGCACAAGCCUCUGUGCUCAUCCCUGGCACUGGCGACCCCUGAACUGCUGGAGAGACAAUUCUACGACUUCAGCCUCUGGUUUUCCGCAGAGGCCAAGAAGGAAGAGGAAGAUCGGCUGUUCGACCUCACCAUGGCAACCCGCCUGGUUUUCCUAAUGGUAAACGCGGGAAUUUCCUUUUGGCGUGUGCUGGACGAGGCUGUCCAGAAAAGAGACAAAUCCUUGUUGGCUGACUGCGCUUCUUUCGUCACCAACUACUCGAUCGAAGAGGUUGCUGCUCACAGGACGAAGAACCCUCCGAAGGAAGGACGCAAACCGGACGAAUUUCUGCUCAACCCUGGAGUUCUGUGGCAGCUCCACUGCAACCCUGUCCUGCUCAACCAGUGGCUCUUUGCCCUCUUUGCCUUCCUCAACAUCGAAAGAGGCUACACCUCCAUUCUCAAGUACCUGCCCAUUCCUGAGCAGGUGGAACCAGUUGUGCGAGACCUGCUUGUGUUCACCAGAGAUGUGCACAAAAGGCUCAACUACGGGUUUGUGCUGCUCGGCCAACUAGUUAAAAGUCCAAAGCAGGACGAGGAAGUGACCAAACUGAUCAUGGAGGACGUGGUUGCCCCUUGCCUGGCCGCCCUCAUGGUCAUCUUGGACAAGAAGCACAACUUCCGGAGUCUCUGUGGUGAUCUGCAAAGCGUUGUAGUUCACGUUGCUGCCGGAAAUGAGGACAAAUCACUCGGUAAAGGCGUCUUCAUCGACCCCAGAAACUUCUCCCUGGACACUGAGGAUGAAAACUUUGACAUUGUGUACUCCCUUAAGUACUGGGUUGCCGAGGGAGCAUCUAGGAAUAUCUUUGGUGACCUCAAGACCAAAAUUGAGGAUGUCAAGCUGAAGAUAAACGAGAGCGAAAAAUUCCCAUCUGUGGAGGAAAUGCCGACUGUCAUCUCAAACUUGGACGAAGCUGCAACCAAAUUCAACAAAAUUUCUAAAAAGGUUGACCUGGACGAUGACUACGUUGACGAAUGGCAAACUGACAUGGAAGUCAGUGACUACUACAAUGCGUACGUGACUGCUUUAAAUCAUGAAACGGAGGUGAUCAGCCUCUUGAUGGAUUUCACCGGUCUGGACGCCAGUUGUCUGCUGACUUUGUUGGUUGAGGAGCAACUGAUCCUGCUGAAUCGAGCCGGAGCGAGGAAAUUGGUCAUCGACAGUGAUUUUGGUUGCUUAGAAUCCCAAAAUGAAUGCACCCCUGAGAAAAUGCAAGAGGCCAUUUUGAGGAUUAAAAGUGUGGAGGAAAACGCAUUCCAGAAAGUGGCUGCCAAGUGUUUGAAAGAGUGGGAUGGACAAAGCUUCAUCCCCACUGGGUUUGUGCAGACGCUGGACCAGCAGACUCAAUUGCAAAACCCAAUUGAGGUAAAAAAUCUAAACAUUUUUUGUGAGACGAUAAUAACAAUUAAUUUCCCCUUAUUUUUUACCAGGAGAAAGUAUUUCAACUGGCAAAGCAAAUGGUCUGCUUGAAGCCGAGGUACCCGGACUGGGCCUUUGUCUAUUUUAUUUCAUCCUGCCACCACUUGUGACCUGCUUCCGUGACGAAUCCUCUAAACUGUCCGGGUUCUUCCUGGAGGAGCUUUUUUCUCUCUUCGCCAAAGAUCUCGAUGUUUGGAGGUCUGCACCAGAAAUUUAUAGCGCCAACAGACACUUGUGCGAGGACCAUUUGAGCUCCGUCCGUG